AUGCUACAGAAUGGAAAGAAGGUUGAUUCCCCCAGAGACAGAAACAAGCCUUUCAGGUUCAAGAUUGGCAGACAAGAAGUCAUUAAAGGAUUUGAAGAAGGUGUCACACAGAUGAGCUUAGGACAACGAGCGAAGUUGACCUGCACACCUGAGAUGGCCUAUGGAGCCACGGGCCACCCUGGGGUCAUCCCUCCCAAUGCUACUCUCCUUUUUGACGUGGAGCUUCUCAGGUUAGAGUGAAUCUUCUCGGGGGAGUUGGCUGGAGACAUCUGUUAAUAACCAUCCCUUCGUUCUCACCUCGCCAGCAGUGAGAAAUCCUCCCUGGAGCCCCAGCCUGCCCUGCUCAGGCUGUCCUGUCCGUAGUGCCUGCCCUGGGGUUCCUCACACCUUCCUUCUCUUUUUUAACUUCGUGGUGUCCGUAUCUGCCUUUUGUUAGAAGCUUUGCUUUGGGAAGAAUGUCUACUGUUGUAACAUUUUCAAGUUGUACAUUUUAUUUAAUUUGCAUGUAAGAAGAAUUCACGGUGACGACUGAAAAUAUAUAUAAAUAUAAAUAUAUAUAUAUUCCUUAUUGAAAAACCACUGCCUUACUGUACACUUAAACCAAG